AUGUCUUCGAAAACAAAAGAAUCAGAUGUUCAAUUGGAACUUCAUUUCCUCGACUGCCAGCCUGAUUGUAUUGAUCAUUCUCUCAACGAUCAAUCUGUUUUGGAUCAUCUGUAUCGUGCGGUUACUCAGAACAUACUUCAAUUGGAAAAUUCCGAUCAAAGGAAUCAAUCCCAUCGGAUCACAGAUAUUGAUCAAUUAGUUGUAUUACUUAAUCAUGUAACAUUCACGCCCAGAAGUAUGACAAAACAUAUACCGGUUGAACUGACGAGAACCGACAAUCGGGAAAUCGAAAUUCCGAUUAUCAAAACAGAAACUAAACAAUUACCAAUGGAAGUUCAAGUAGAAACAAUAGGAGUCAUUCCUCCUGCACCACCAUUACCCCCUUCACUGGAUUUAGCGAUCAAAUUGCAAAAACAAGCGAUGAAAAUAGAAGUUCUUUCACCUGAUAAGAAUUCUCUGUGGUCCUCGGUAAUGAAUCUCGACGUGGCUGAUUACUUUACUCAACCGAAUCCAUCUUCAAGCCAACAAUAUGCAGAAAGACGAAAACAAUCAAAACAAGAGACGAUAUUGGAUGCCAGAAAAGGCUACAAUUUGGGUUGGUUGAUUUUUUUUCUUCGUAAAUCGUCUAUCAGUGAAGGGGAUGUACGCUGA